AAGAAGAAGAAGAAAAUUAGCUGGGACCGCUGGGACAGAGAAUGGAAGAAAACAACGAUGACUAUGAGAAAGGUAGAGAUAAUGGUCAAUGGAGGAGGAGAUGCAAACACCAGUGGGAAAUAUCAGCGUCAGACGAUCCGCGCUACGCUUGUCAUGCGGCAUACUCGCCACGGACUCUGAUCAGUCUGAUCCAUCGUCACCAUGUGUCCUCGCGGUAAUCUCCAUCGCUCUUUCGUUGAUAAAUUCAUCGUUCACCAUCUACACGAGGAAUUUGGGAUACACCAAAGUCAUGAGCAUCGUCGAGCAAAUGGUUCAUCACAUCUCCGAGGAGAAUCCUGAAUGGACAGUUGCAGAGAGAUCGGCGUGGAUUGACAGUCUCCAGGUCUUCGGUUUCAGCAGGGCUAUUCAAGUCUUCGGAUUAAAUCAAUUUAAAAAGAGUUGCGCCAAGAUAUUGAAAGGCU